AUGGCAGCUAGAGCCCUCCUCAAUGAACAAGCGACAACAAUCCGCCAGCUCUGUAAGCCCGGCGACCCUGUGAUUCUAACAAAUGUCUACGAUGCUGCAACAGCCGGCGUGGUUGCCUCGCAUCCUUCCACCAGAGCAAUGGCAACAGCAAGCUUUGCCACAGCUGCCGCGAAUGGUGUCGAAGACAACGACUUGAGACUCGAAGACAACUUGAUCGCUGUCCGCGAAAUUGCAGCUGUCGCGAAGAAGAAAGGACUGCCGUUGACGGUUGAUCUCCAGGACGGCUACGACGAUGUAGCAUCGACGAUAGGACAGGCCAUCGAUGCUGGGGCGGUUGGGUGCAAUAUCGAGGACGUCGAUAACAGUACUGGAAAACUUCGGACCGUUGAUGACGCCGUGUACAGAAUCAAGACCGCCAUGUCAGCAGCUGCUGCAAAUGCAGUGCCAGACUUCUGCGUCAACGCCAGGACCGACGCCCUUGCAUUCGGAGGCUCAAUCCAAGACGCCAUCGCUCGAGGACGAGCAUAUCUCGACGCCGGGGCUGUUACGGUGUUCGUGUGGGGUAGACCGGGCGGUCGAGGGGUGAGUACGGACGAAGUCAAGGAGCUUGUGCCAGAACUAGGUGGGAUGGUGAAUAUGAAGAUGAACCUCCGGCCUGGGUAUCUGAAUGCUAGAGAGCUGGCGGAGCUGGGUGUGGCUCGCAUCAAUGUCGGGCCGGAGUUGUACCAUAAGGCCAUGGCUGGAUUCAAGGAGGCUUUGGAGAUGGUAGCGAAGAAGGAGAGCUUUUGA